AUGGCCUCAUCAAGCAAAACCAACGCUGGGACUGGUCCACUCAUCCAGAUAUUUCCUUCGGUGAAUUCAUUACCUCUGGUAAACACAAAAGCAGGCGCAUGGGUCUGCGAUCUCGGUUCGGCGGAGAUAAGCGACCAGCCUUACACGGGAGGGAUAUUUGUUAAAGAUGAACUGGCCCAAGAUUUGGAUAAUGAUAGUUUCCCAGUGAAUGAGUGGAAAUAUAUCUUGGAAGGAGAAUGGCAUAUGGUCCAGAACGGUAGGAAGUUGAUCGCCAAACCUGGUGACGUAGUGUUCGUUCCAAAGGGAGCUGCUUUCUUAUCGCUCAAAAACCCCUUCAAAGCGUUCUUCGUCACGAAUCGUGGCGGAGUAGAUCAUAAGCCAUAUGCCAAGGCGAAGUUGUAG